AUGGCCGGGGCCCAGGCCCUCCGAAGGGCUCUUCUCCCUUAUGAACCUUCCUGGACAAAGCCUCUCACCUCUCCGCCUGGAAGCCUGUUCUUUGCACGGCUCCGCUCACUCCGCACUGCUGCCAUGUGCACGGGGAAGUGCUCCAAGGUGGUAGGGGCAGCUCUGUGGCCUUUCGCCCUCCUGUGCAUCACGGUCAACAUUCUGCUCGCCUUCCCGGACUGGAAGACCGAGUAUGUCCACGACUGGGGCAGCCACCUGACGCCGGAGGUGCUCUACCUGGGGGGGCUCGUUGGAGGCGGUGUGAUGGUGCUGGUGCCGGCGGUCCACAUCCAGGCGACGGGGAGCAACGGGUGCUGUGGGAACCGCUGUGGGAUGUGCCUCUCGGUGCUGUUUGCAGUGAUGGGGGUUGUGGGAGCCGUCUACGCUGUGGGGGUCUCCAUGCUCGGCCUGGUGCACGGGCCACUCUGCAGGUACGAGGUAAACGGGACUUUGUCGGACUGGGGGCGCCCCUUUUUGGACAGCAAGGAGCCCUUCAGCGGCGGGGGGAGCGGGCUCUCCUCUCACGGGCUGUUCUGCCGUCCCGGCAGCGAGCAGAGCUACCUCUUCGACACCAGCCUGUGGAACGUGUGCGUGGAGCCGCACGGCGUCAUCCAGUUCAACGUGAUCCUCUUCUCCCUGAUGCUGUGCUCCGGCCUGGUGGAGCUGUGCCUCUGCAUCACGCAGGUCUUCAACGGGUUCUUUGGCUGCAUCUGCGGCACCUGCGCGGACAAGACAAGCAAGCACCCGGUGAGGAGCCGCCUGCCCUGGCGCUGCUCCUUCCCCGACCCUGAGGCGGGCGGCCGCGGUGGCCCCAGUCGCACGCCUGCUUGGCCAGGGGGAGCCCACGGGCCGCAGCCCCCCGAAGCCUGGCCUGUGGGCGGCAGAAGCCCCAGCCGGAAGGGCCAUGCGGGGAGGGCCAGCGGGGGGUCCAGCCCAGUCCCUCAGGGGCCCCUGCAGGGCUCUGCCCGCCCUCUGGAGGAGGGGCGCCUCCCUGCUGUGGCCCUGAGCUGGGGCAGAGAAGAGGCACCCCUUGACCAGCGCUUCCUGGGAAGGGAGCUGAGCGACGCCUCUGCAGGGGUGGCUUAA